CAGCAGCUGGAAUCUAGCUGUCAAAAUUGGCGAACAGUUCUCAACUCGCUCUAAUCAAAACAUUGCAAACGAUUCAAUCACAAAUUUCAAGUGAAAAGUAGGAUUCGUUUAAGGAUUAAAUCGUUUGUGCAGGACUUGCAACCUUCCGUAAAUCUCCGGUUAGUUUCUGGCUUUAAAAGGACGGUAAUUUUUCUCCCGGCGAGUGACAAAAGGGUACAAUCGGUGAUGGUCGGAAAAGAAUAAUUUUGGAUUACGAAUCAGCGUAGGACUCAACUUCAAGUAUGCGGCAAGCUGACGGCUUCCACUCAAUCGUCGACGGUCAUUUCCAGGGAUGGGCACCUACUCUGUGAUUCAAAUCGAUCUACCGGCCAUUGGCCAGAUGAGAUUUGUGUCCUCCGCGUGUCGCCGAUAAUCACUUUGUUUUUCUCAACAGGUUCAGCAACUAAGCUGCCAUUUUGGAAAUUUUCUGAUCGAGAUCAUACCACAAUUUCAAAUGAUGUCCGGACCAUGCUCGGCAACAUGACCAACGAACAUAGAUAAACUAUUGGCCAGCCGUGGAGGAGUCGGGUUUGAACCGUCCCGAUACGGAUGUCGAGCUCUGGUGCGCGAGGUGGAAAAUGACAAAAGUGAGGACGGCAAGGAAGACGAGAACAUCAUGACGAUGCCGAGUGCGUUCGAAAUGGCCGAGACCCCGACGACGCCCAGCACGGCGACGAAAAAGUCCGCCGCCAAAAAUAAUGUACGUUCCUACGUGUACGUGUAUGUGCUUUUCUUGUUGUCUUUUUCUAUGUUUAAAUGUUUGAAGAAUUUUUAAACCUGGAUGUUGUUCUAGGUCGCUUCAACGCCCAAGGCCCGCGCCAUCAGCAACAAGACCAAAGCCGCGAUAGCAGCCAUCGAGGACAUUACGAGCUCGCCAUCACCGAAACGCAAGCGAAAACUACACAAUUCCGGCGACGUGUCGACGCUGGAUCUAAAUACCUUCUCGUCGGUACGUCGCAAUGUGCCCGUUUCACACCUGCUGAACCGCCCAGUAACGGUGGCGCGUCUUGCCACCUGUUCAACUCGGGCCACUCGGUGGUGUGGAACCGCAUCGCCAUCAAGUGCCACAAGUUCCAGGAGGCGGGCGCCAAGGUCGCCGAAACGCCUUCGGACGUGAUAAAGAUGACGGACGUGACACUCGCGUGCUUGUCGGAUCCGCAGGUCGCGAAGGAUCUGUUGUUCGGCACCUGUGGCGUCAUGUCGGUUAAACUCGUCGGCAAGGUCUACGUCGAGUGCCCGACGUCGACCCGGAAACAUCGCAGGACAUCGCCUACAAGAUUGUCUCCAAAGGAGGCCGGUUCCUGGAAGCAUAAAUUCAAGGCUCGAAGAACCAGGCCGAGGAGGACAUGCUAAUCACACUGGCCGCCCGCGAGCGGGGGUGCCAAACCUGCUUAGAAGCCAUCACGCGCAGCUCGUUCUACCUCGGUGACGUGAGCAACGCGUCCAAGAUGAAUCUGGUGCUGCAGAUGAUUGACGACGUGACGCUCUGGCCGGCAAGUGACUGUAAGUUUCGGUAUGAUGUAGUAUGCAGCAGCCGCGGCUGCGAAUGUAGUUGGGUCGACCCUCGGGACGGUCUCAGCUGACACCCAGAACCAUCGUGACCCGAGAUUUCCCAGGAUCAGCACGGAUCUCGGUUCAUCCAUCAAAAGCUGGGUCGGCAAACGGUGCGUUCGAGUUCGACUUUAAGUUAUCCAGAAGUACUUUGCCGAACAGAAGCAAACCAUCCCCUACAGCUGCCUUCGAUGGCCCCAGGAAGAAUUUCGGCCGAACAGCAGCAGCAAAUCGUUCGCGAGCUGGACGGCCAGUUGCUUAAAUGUGGCGGUAAAAAGACUCUAAUAUAAUAAUUAAGUUCAUGUUUAGUGUUUCAAAGAGA